AUGGACCACUUGAAGAAAUGGUCCCGAAAGCUCAAGGGCUCGCAGGAUAACACCCCCCCCCGCCCUAUAAACCCGGCCUACAACUUCCCGCCCGCCCCGCACCCCUCCGAGUGCUCCCCCGAUAACGGGAGUAGUAGCUACGGCCCACCCCCUUCUGAGUACCCCCCCGACAGCAAGAGCAGCUACGGGCCCUCUGAGUACCCCCCGGACAACAAGAGCAGCUAUGGCCCGCCCCCCACCAACACCCACACCUACGCCGCACCCCCCUUCCCCCCCAGCGGCGGCAGCAGCAGCACCUACCCCCACGACAGCGAAGCCAGCGACGGCGCCCCGCCCGUCUACACCCCCUCCCCGACCAGCACCUACACAGACGGCUACAAACCGCCCGCCUUCCCGCCCCCCUCCUCCACCACCCCCGAGGACCUCCCCCCGCCACCCAGCAUCCCCCACGAGGUCUCGCCCGCCUUCAACUCCACCCGCGCCCUCUCCUCCGCCGGCCACCGCUUCACAGCCCUCAACCCCCUCUUCCCACCACAGCAGUUCCCCCACACGCUCCUCUCCUCCCUCCCCACGCACCCGCCGGCCGCACUCCCGCUCGCCCCCCCGCCCCGCCACUUCCGCGGCUCCGUCGCCGCCGUCAACGGCGGCGUGCUGGUCGAGGCGCGCGGCACGGAGGACACAUGUCUCGCCAGCGCCGCCCCGCUGUUCGCCGCCGGCUACCACCACCCGGCGAAUACGCGGCGCGCACGCGUGUUUGGGUACGAGGUGAUGGUGCUGGCGCUGCCGCGCGAGGCGGCGCUGGUGGCCGUCGGCUUCCUGGCGGCGCCGUAUCCGCUGUUUCGGCUGCCCGGGUGGCAUCGCGGGAGCUUGGGCGUGCAUUCGGAUGAUGGGCGGAGGUACUGUAAUGACGAUCAUGGGGGGAGGGACUUUGGCGCGCCGUUUAGGGCGGGGGAGAGGAUUGGGAUUUCUAUGAGGUUCCCCGUAGACACCGGCGGCAGGGGGAUCGAGAUCUUUGUGACGCGCGAUGGGAAGCCGGCGGGGGAUUGGAGGCUGUAUGAGGAGAUGGAUUCGCAGCGGGGGAAGAACCCCGCUGAGGGCCUCGACGGGAGUAGGGAUAUAUAUGCGGCGAUUGGCGUCUGGGGCAGCGGCUUGAGGGUCGUGGUGGAUAAUUUUUAUAGCAGGGAGGAGUAG